AUGCAAACCCGUAAAUAUAAUAAGAUGUUGUCAAAAGUUGAAAUGAAACAAUUUAUAUACAUUCUUUUUUUCCUUUGCUUAUAUCUUAAUACGUUCAACUAUAAAUAUACCAACUCAUACGAAGGGAACAGUUUCAGGAAGUUAUCUGAACCAGUUGUAGAAGAACAGGAUUUAAAAAAAACAAAUGCAGAGUCAUCACAUAUAGAACCAACAACUUCACAAAAAUCACAUGAACAAGAACUAAAGACACCAUCAUUAAAUGUAGAAGAAACCCAAUCAAACAAAGUAAGUAAUAAAAUUUAUAACUUCCCUAUACCAUCCGCAGAAGGUACAGUAUCAAAAGAAUUUAAAAAACAACCAAAAACUGAAUAUGAAAAAAAAUUAUUUGAAGAAUGGCAACACUUAAAUAUGUUUGAACAUUCUAAUUGGGUAAACAUAACAGUACAAAGUUGUCAGGUUUUAGUACAAGGAUUAACAUCAUUAGAUGAUUAUGAUGCUAAAUUUAAAAGUUGGUCUGCUAUGGUAGAACUCUUAGGAGAAUUCCGUAUGACUUUAUUUAACGAAAGUAAUAAUAUUUUCGAAGCACUAUUAAAUGAAUUAAGAGAAGCAAGAAAAGAAAAUCCAAAUGAAAACUUAACACCAGAAGAAGAAGAAAAAUGGGAUAUAAUAAAACAAACUAAGCUAGAAAAAGAUAUUGAAUGGAAAAUUUAUCAAAUAUUAACAUGGAAAUAUUGGAAUCUAAAAGAAUUCCCAGGUGUUGAUAUUCCUGAUCCUAGUGUACCCUCUCUAGAUUUUGAUGCCACAUAUGAUGUUCUUGGGGAUCUUCUUGAAGAUGACGAAGAUGAUGAAGAUAUGGCUGAACCAAGUACAAGUUCUUCAUUAAAAAAAUAA